CGCCGGCCCCGGGCGCGGGGGAGCGGCGGAGCCCUCCGCCCGCCGGGUGCAUGGACAGGAGCUCCCUGCUGCAGCUCAUCCAGGAGCAGCUCGACCCCGAAAACACCGGCUUCAUCGGGGUGGAGACGUUUGCCAGCCUGGUGCACAGCCAUGAGCUGCCCCUGGACCCCGCCAAGCUCGACAUGCUGGUGGCCCUGGCACAGGGCAACGACGAGGGGCAGGUCUGCUAUCAGGAGCUGGUAGACCUGAUCAGCAGCAAGCGCUCGAGCAGCUUCAAACGUGCCAUCGCCAACGGGCAGCGGGCGCUGCCCCGCGACGUCCUCCUGGACGAGACCGGCCUCGGCUUCUACAAGCGCUUCGUCCGCUACGUGGCCUACGAGAUCCUGCCCUGCGAGAUGGACCGGCGCUGGUACUUCUACCAGCACCGCACCUGCCCGCCCCCCGUGUUCAUGGCAGCCGUCACCCUCACCCAGAUCAUCGUGUUCCUCUGCUACGGGGCCCGGCUGAACAAGUGGGUGCUGCAGACCUACCACCCCGAGUACAUGAAGAGCCCCCUGGUUUAUCACCCCGGGCACCGGGCGAGGGCCUGGCGCUUCCUCACCUACAUGUUCAUGCACGUGGGGCUGGAGCAGCUGGGGUUCAACGCCCUCCUGCAGCUGAUGAUCGGGGUGCCCCUGGAGAUGGUGCACGGCAUCCUGCGCAUCAGCUUCCUCUACCUGGCCGGGGUCCUGGCAGGCUCCCUGACUGUCUCCAUCACUGAUAUGAGGGCCCCCCUGGUCGGGGGCUCAGGGGGGGUCUACGCCCUCUGCUCAGCCCACCUCGCCAACGUCGUCAUGAACUGGGCCGGGAUGCGCUGCCCCUACAAGCUGCUGCGGAUGGUGCUGGCGCUGGUGUGCAUGAGCUCCGAGGUGGGUCGCGCCGUGUGGCUCCGGUUCUCGCCGCCGCUGCCGGCCUCGGGCCCGCAGCCGUCCUUCAUGGCUCACCUGGCGGGGGCCAUCGUGGGCAUCAGCAUGGGGCUGACCAUCCUGCGCAGCUACGAGGAGAGCCUGCAGGACCAGUGCGGCUGGUGGGUGCUGCUGCUCUCCUACGGCACCUUCCUGCUCUUCGCCGUCUUCUGGAACAUCUUCGCCUACGACCUGCUGGGAGCACAGAUCCCCCCCCCGCCAUAGCCCACGCCCCCCGCCCCGGCCCUUCGGUUGGUUUGUUUUCCAGGCCCGGUGGAGGGUCGGGGGGUCCCCGCGCGUGACAUGGGGACAGGCCACCCCCCGCCCGCCUGCCCCCUCGGUGCUACAGAACGCGCCGCCCCCCACCCCGGGCUGCGCCCCCCGAAUGUACCUGCCGACCCCCUGCGCUGUACCCCCACCCCAAAGGAUGCUUCAGCCCUGCCCUGGCAUCGCAACCCCCCCCGGGGUGCCCGCAGGGCUCGGGAUGUGCC